CACUUCGUUUGCGCAAGCGAUAUCACUUCUACCGGUGUCUGAGAACGAACGCCCUGUCAUGCGGAUUGAAAUCCUGAAGAUUUGUACUUGGGCUAGCUAUAGCUUCAUCCCGGUCAUCGAAACCAUCUAUAGUUACGGUUCAACUGGCUCACGCGACAGAUCACCUCUCGUACGGCAUCCCGCGUUGUGUGAUAUUUCGGUUGAAAGAUUUGAACUGAAUCGACCUCCCGAUCGAUGACUUGACCCGCGUGUUCCAGAGCAAGCAAGCGCCAAUCGCCUCGCAAUGACUGAUGGGAUGGCUAUUUAAAAUCAUCAUCCGUGGUACCCUCGUUUGCGGCCAAUUAAACUGUGCGCACCCUGGAAGGAUGACUAAAUCGCCGGCAAGUGUUGCAUCAGGUUGUCUUCGUGGACAUCGGUGACGAUUUUGCGCGCCAACAAAAAUCAACAUCUUUCUAUCUAGUGCCGCGCCGUAGAGGGUGGUUGGUGGUGUUGUGGUCUACAGAGGAAAUUGUGGCAAAUGAAGCUAAAAGGGCGCUCUUCGCAUAGUUACCGCAUGUAGGUAUGUGCGGUAUAUGCACAACAGUGCGGCCGUGUAGAACCAAAACAUUUAAGUGUCCACGUUGCUAGCGCCAUUUGUUUCGCGUGCUACCUUGUUGGGGGAGGCUCUCAUCCAGAGCCUGAGUGAAAAGCUACUACUGACACCUAGGUGAUACAGUGCCCAAUUGGGCGCCACACUGAAUGGUAGCCUACGAAGUUUGUGCGUAAAGUGUGCAGUUUUGUUGCAGCCUUGAUAAGAUAAUAGAUAAGUGCUAUCGAUACCGACGAGCGUGGCAGACUUGGACAUUCCUAGGAGUUAAAUUUAGUGCUCAAUAGACACGUGUGACGGUGUGGUGGUACAGUGAAUGAAGAAAAUGAUUGCGAGGACAGAAAACAGUGAAGAAUUCGUGAAUAUUAGGUUACUUCCUAUGAAAUUCUAUCUACGACUGAUGGGAAGUUUCGUUGAACGUGUUUCAUAAUUGGAUUACUGAAAAUCGGCGUACAAUUGGCUGUUUGGACGUGCCGCAGCACAGUGGACUAGAGGACUUCCGAGCGAGCUCGGCGGGUUCUUUGUAUGCGGGCAGACGACCGAUCUACGGACAACGCACCCCGCAGGUCUUCAGAGGGCAGAUAUCAACAGACAGCCGACGCGGAAGGACGGACGUUGUGCCAGCUGCUUCGGGAGACAGUCGUCGGUCGUUUCUUUCAUCACAGUUAGUCCAUCAGAACUAAUUGCUGGGAAAGUCAUCCCACUGUGCGUGCACCCCAUAGUGUCCUCAGAGUGAAGAUCAAAGUUAAGGACGAAGCCUUGCUAAGGCUGGAGGCUUCAAUUCAGUGAGUGCGCGGUGAUCAAUCGGUGAAUGAGUUCGAACGCAUGCAGCCCUUUCACUGACGUCCGAUAGUGAUAAGGAAGGUUCAGCACCUUGUGUGACCUGUAUACUACACGAACGGGAACGAUUGAGUAAUAUUUGCACAGUGAGUUAUCGCCUUCUAAUUGCGGUUCGUUCAUUGUUGUGAGCGAGCGCUGUCGAUCUUGUGGUUUUCGGACAUUAACUUCACAGUUAGUGAUUUUUCGCGCCUCAAGAACAGAAUUAAGUGAAGUUGAAAUGAUACCCAUAUAAAUGCUAAUCAAUUGUCGUUUAUCUCCAGAGUGCAAUUCGGUGUUUCUGCGAUAUCAGUGCAAAUUGUGUUCUUUCCCACAACAGAAAAUCAAUCACAGAACAGUGGCUGCUAGAAAACGGUAGAUUGUAUAAGGAGCUGGUGUACGACGACUCGAAAUAAGCAAUGGCCGAGACGGUGAAGAUUGUGAAUGGGGAGACCAAGGCGGGUACGAUCGUGAAUGGAUCGGCGAUCAAUGGUCAUCUGCCGAAAGUGGUGAAAAAUGGAUCAGCGCCGGCAGUGGAAGAGGUUCACGACCCACCGGAUGGCGGUACCCGGGCCUGGUUGGUCAUGGUGGGAGCUUUCCUGUGCAACGGUGUUCUGUUUGGUGUGAUUAACACCUACAGUGUUAUUUACUUGAGCCUGCAGAAGCAACUGCAUGAUCUGGGCGAUACCGAGGCUUCCAGCAAAGCAGCCCUCGUGGGAUCGCUCACCAUUGGCACAACUUUCCUGCUAUCGCCAGUAUCCGGCAUCCUGACGGAUAAAAUCGGUCUCCGGUUAACGACCCUUAUCGGUGGGGUUCUAACAUGCGGAGGCAUGUUCCUGUCGUCGUUCUUCACCCACAAUGUUUCCGCCCUGUACUUCACCUACGGUAUCAUGUUCGGGCUGGGUGCUGCGCUGGCGUACACACCCUCCCUGGCAAUCCUGGGACACUACUUUAAGAAAUAUCUCGGUCUGGUGAACGGAAUCGUUACGGCAGGGUCCAGUGUAUUCACUGCCAUCAUGCCGAUUCUGCUGAACAAAUUGGUGCAGGAAACGGGUCUCGCGACAUCGUUCCGUGUUCUAUCUGUGAUAUCUAGCUUUGUGAUAUUCUGUGCACUUCUGUACAAACCGUUGCAGCCACCGCCACCGCCACCACGUGUGAAACCGGGCAGGUCGAAGUUCAACACUUUGAUGCGGUCGUUCAUCAAUUUCGACAACUGGAAGAAAAAGAAGUACAUCAUCUGGGCACUUUCAAUUCCGAUUGCUCUGUUCGGAUACUUUGUUCCGUACGUUCACAUGGGCAAGUUCGUGUUGGAUUCGUUCCCUGGAGAGGGUGAAAAUCUUCCGGUUAUGUGUAUAGGAAUUACAUCCGGACUGGGUCGCCUUCUUUUUGGAUUCAUUGCGGAUAUUCCUCGAGUGAAUCGAGUACUACUGCAGCAGAUUGCCUUCGUUUUCAUCGGAACGAUGACAAUGUGUCUUCCUGCGACGGGUUCCUUCACCUUGUUGCUGGUGAUCGCCUUGGCUAUGGGUCUUUUCGACGGAUGCUUCAUCUCUCUUCUGGGACCGAUCGCGUACGACAUCUGCGGACCACGGGGUGCAACGCAAGCCAUCGGGUUCCUGUUGGGCUUGUGUUCUGUGCCGUUGACCGUUGGGCCACCCGUAGCUGGAAUGCUCUACGAUCACACUGGAUCGUAUAAACUGCCUUUGAUACUUGCCGGCAUUCCACCAUUGUUUGGUGCUUCCACCAUGUUCCUCAUCCGGUGUGUGAAGGAUGAUACAGCAUGUUCGGAUGCAGUGAUGAAGGAUUCGACCCAUCAACCACUGGCGCAGACUGCUUGGGAUUGCG